AUGAAACGGAAAAUGGAGUUCAGUGCAGUCGUCAAAACGCUAGCAACUAUUCUCUUCGCGAUUGGUUCUAUGAUAAUUGGGAUGACGGCGUCCGAGGCCAACGACGAUCCUUUGAUGUUCAUCGCGAAUCCCGUUGAAGCGGACAUGCCCGGGCAUUGGGUGCCUCUGAGUGUCCUGAAGGUGAUCCUGGAAGGGACGACGGCGCAGCGCCCCGUCAAGCUGAUGCUCCCGAAGACCCCGGCGCCGACCACACCCACCACCGUUGCAACGGAACCCAUAACCGAAGCACCCACUGAUCCCCCGACUACCAAACCACCCACGCUACCGACAGAACCCGCAACAGAGCCCCCCACUCAGCCCGCGACGGAACCACCGACUGAGCCACCAACCGAGCCACCGACUGAGCCACCGACUCAGCCACCAACCGAGCCACCGACUCAGCCACCAACCGAACCACCGACUGAACCUCCGACUGAGCCACCGACUGAGCCACCAGCCGAGCCACCAACCGAGCCACCAACCGAGCCACCAACCGAGCCACCAACCGAGCCACCAACCGAGCCACCAACCGAGCCACCAACCGAGCCACCAACUGAGCCACCAACGGAACCACCGACCGAGCCAAGAAAGCCGAAACGUAAACAGCCCAGAGACCAACAUGAAAAUCUCGCU